GAACGGAUCCACACUGGACCCCAAGGAACGGAUCCACACUGGACCCCAAGGAAAGGCUAGACACUGAAUCCCAAGGAAAGGAUCCACACUGGACCUCAAGGUCAGGAUCCACACUGGACCUCAAGGAAAAGAUCCACACUGGACCCCAAGGAAAGGAUCCACACUGGACCCCAGGGAAAGGAUCCACACUGGUCCCCAAAGAAAGGAUCGCCACAGGAACCCAAGAAAAUGAUCGCCACAGGAACCCAAGGAAAGGAUCGCCACUGGAACCCAAGGAAAGGAUCGCCACUGGAACCCAAGGAAAGGAUUGCCACUGGACCCCAAAGAAAGGAUCCACACUGGACCCCAAGGAAAGGAUCGCCACUGGACCUCAAGGAAAGAAUCCACAUUGGACCCCAAGGAAAGGAUCCACACUAGACCCCAAGGAAAGGAUGGACACUGAAUCCCAAGGAAAAGAUCCACACUGGACAACAAAGAAAGGAUCCACACUGGACCCCAAGGAAAGGACCACACUGGACACCAAGGAAAGGAUCCACACUGUACCCCAAGAAAAGGAUCCACACUGGACCCCAAGGAACGGAUCCACACUGGACACCAAGGAACGGAUCCACACUGGACACCAAGGAAAGGAUUGA